UGACUCUUCCUUCUAGGGAUCUGCCUUGCUGUUUUUGUUGUGAUUCCUCUUUUUGGUCUCUGUAGAUAACCCUAAUAGCUCUUGGAUUCUAGCCUCAUGCUGUGCUCUAAGAUAAGUAGGAAGAAUACUUCCACCACCUAAGAACAAAUUGAAGAAAGGCUCCGCUUAUUGUCAUGGGUGGGAUUCUCACUGGUGUCGCAAGCGGAGACUGUGAGAUAAACACACCACACGCCUUACCCUGCCGCCGUCUCGCAGACAAAUAGGCAGAAGUCAGAGAAGCAGCAGGUCACAUGCCCUACCAAUCCAGGGCCGAUUUCUUGAGUGGUGCAGGAGCUUCUGACCAAUCGAGGAAUCGGCAGUCGAUUAUCCAGUCGUCGAGUUUUGAGACCCCCCUUUUUUCCUCACGUGGUUUAUCCCACCGCCAUUGGAGAAGGGGAGGGAGACGGAGCUGACCACACCGGAGAGGGGGAGGUAAUAAAGUUCCUGCAAGCCAAAUCAUACGCUCAUGAGCACAUGCACAACAAGAACAGAAAUUGCCAAACCAGAUCAGACCAACAGUCCAGUAUCCUAUCUUUCACAGUGAUCAAUACUAGAUUCUUCAGCUGAAGAAACGCAUUUCAGGUUACCCUGGUCUCCACCAUGAUCUCACAGUGCUUACAAGAUUUCUUAAAAAUUGUAAAUUUUCGUCCUCGGAGUUCCAAAUUACAUCAGUGUUUAAGAAGUAGCAAAAAUGGUUUCAGCACCAAGUCACUUUCCAAACAUCAAAGGCGAGUAGUUGUCACAGGUAUUGGUUUAGUGUCUCCUCUUGGUGUUGGGACUCAAUUCGUGUGGAAUCGCCUUCUCCAAGGAGAAAGUGGGAUUAUCUCUCUGGAUGGGGAAGAAUAUACAAGUGUUCCAUGUAGAGUGGCUGCUUGUGUUCCAAGAGGAAAUGGCAAGGGUCAGUUCAGUGAAGAGAACUUUGUGUCAAAAUCAGAAAGCAAAUCUAUGUCUUCUGCCACUAUCAUGGCCUUGGGUGCUGCAGAGCUAGCAAUAAAAGACUCUGGCUGGCAUCCACAGUCUGAACUGGAUCACUUAACUGCUGGUGUCGCAAUUGGAAUGGGAAUGGUUCCACUGGAAGAUAUUUCCAAUGCAGGCUUGCUGUUUAAAACAAAAGGUUAUAACAAAGUCAGCCCAUUCUUUAUUCCUAAGAUCUUAAUCAAUAUGGCAGCAGGUCAGAUCAGCAUUAGAUACCAACUCAAGGGGCCCAAUCAUGCUGUAUCAACUGCUUGUACCACAGGAGCACAUGCUGUUGGAGAUUCCUUUAGAUUUAUAGGCUAUGGUGAUGCUGAUGUGAUGUUGGCUGGAGGAACAGAGGCUUCUAUUAGCCCCUUGUCUAUAGCUGCAUUUGCAAGAGCUCGGGCACUCAGCUCUAGCUUUAACUCAAGCCCUAAAUUGGCAUGUCGACCGUUCCACUCGCAGAGAGAAGGAUUUGUAAUGGGAGAGGGUGCAGCUGUGUUGGUGUUGGAAGAAUAUGAACAUGCUAUUCAAAGAGAAGCCAGGAUCUAUGCAGAAAUUUUAGGUUAUGGACUCUCUGGUGAUGCUUGCCAUAUAACAGCACCGAAUCCAGAUGGAGAUGGUGCUUUUAGAUGUAUGUCUGCAGCAAUAAAAGAUUCUGGAAUAUGUCCUGAGGAUAUAACAUAUGUCAAUGCACAUGCCACUUCUACGCCACUAGGAGAUGCUGCUGAGAAUCAAGCUAUCAAGAGACUUUUUAAAGAGCAUGCAUACACUCUUGCAGUUUCCUCAACAAAGGGAGCAACAGGACAUCUUCUGGGGGCUGCAGGGGCUAUAGAGGCAGCUUUUACUGCACUGUCCUGUUACCAUGGAAUUUUACCACCUACUCUUAACCUGGAUAAAACUGAGCCGGAGUUUGACCUUAAUUAUGUUCCGCUAACAGCCCAAGAGUGGCAAAGUGAAAAACGACGCAUUGCUCUCACUAAUUCAUUUGGCUUUGGUGGUAGUAAUGCAACACUGUGCUUUGCUCAUGUUUAGCUUACAGUGUGUUGUGUGUGUGUAAAUACUACAAAUGCAGAUUGGUAAAUGGCCUAAAACAUAAUUUGUGGUACUACAUUAUGUUUUGUUGUACUGUAACACUUUUUACAUGAACCAUAUCCCUUUUUAUCCAGUCACAUUGGAGACUUGCUUAUUUUUUUCUUAAGUCUUCCAGUCCUUACUUAUUUAUACUUCAGACUAAAAAAGAAUGAGUAUUACUCCUUUAGAGUCUGAUCUUGCAAAUGCUAAGUGCUUUCUUUGAUUUCAUUCACUUCACUGGGAGGUUAGGAUGCUCUGCACUUGGCAGGAUUUAGUCCUUAGUAUGACAACUCCUGUUUGAUCAACAGCCCCAUUCACCUCAUUCUCCCCUUUAAUAUAUUGUUUGCAUUACUUCCGGUUAUUACUUUGAAAUACCAAAUUCAGCACUUUAAUUAGGAAUGUCAUAUUUUAAAAAGAAAGGUAUUAAAGUUGAAAAUGCUCUAAAAUGCUUUAUAUUAAAUAUUCAAAAGUACAUACCACUGUUAAAAAACCUAUUAAUUGCUCUCUCUCUCUCUCUCUCUCUCUCUCUCUUUUUUUUUUGGUCAGUAAGGUGAAGAAUGUAAAAGUAGAAUCUAAAUGGAAUUGUUCUUGCAAAUGGUUUGGUAAAGAUGUGGCUCAGUUAGAUAGAAAAAUAAACCUAUUUCAGCUAUUUUGAGUGAGGGAGAAUCUGUCAAAACUGAGGGCUUUAUUUACAUCAGUGCUAUAUGUUUUGCAACAUCAAAGAAGUAAACUCAGCUGAAUUGCCUCUUCCUCAAAAGAUUUAACAGUGAACAGAAGUUUAUUUGAAUUGAAAGCAUGAUGGUUUUGUGUCUUUGUAUGUAUUGGUAAUCCUGAUUUUGUUUUAAAUUUUAAUAGAAAGAUUUAAAACAAAUAAAAAUGUUCCCACUGUGUUUGCAGUCCAAAUAUUCCA